AUGAAUGAAGAUAGUGAGUUCAAUGAUUCAGUUGGGAGUCACAAUGGCGGGGAAGAUACACACAUGGAUGGACAAGCUGAAGAGACUUCUGUUUAUAGUUGCGAAUCGGAGGAAGUGUACUCUGAUGAGCAAAUAUUAGCAGGUCCAAUAACAGGUAUGUUUUUCAAAUCUGCUGAAUUGGUGUUCCGUUUCUAUAAAAGGCAUGUCAAAAUGAGAGGCUUUUAUGUGUUGAAAACAACACUUUCUAAGAAUUAUGCUCUUUUUGUUUGUGACAAGUCUAGAAAACCAACUAAUCCAAAACACACUAAGAGGAUUGGAUGCGAGGCAAGAGUUAAUGCCGCUUUGAAGCGAGAUGGUUCAUGGAUUGUCACUAAGGUGUGUAGAGACCAUAAUCCUAAAUUGGACUCUAGCCUGUCGCGGCAGAUGGCUGGACACAGAUAUAUUGGUAAAUCUGUGAAGAGGAUUCUUGAAGCUAAUGACAGAGCUGGCUUAAGACCUUGCAAGAGCGUGAGACUUUUAGAGGUUCAAUCUGGUGGGCCAGAAAAUAUGGGUUGUAUCCCAAAAGACUGUAGAAAUUAUGUUGAACAACAGAGGUUGCAAAUGCUAGGAGGUGAUGCAAACGCUUUAUGCCAGUUCUUUAGUGACAUGCAGACAAACGAUAAUGAAUUUUACUACUCCAUGGAUAUGGAUGGUGCUGGUAGGAUUCAGAGCGUCGUAUGGGUUCACUCACACAGUAAAUAUGCAUACAAGGAGUUCGGUGACCUAAUAUGCUUCGAUACAACUUAUUUUGUGAAUAUGUAUAACAUGCCAUUUGCUUCUUUUGUUGGUAUUAAUCAUCACGGCCAGUCUAUUCAUUUGGGAUGUGCUCUUUUUACAAGUGAGGAUGCUGAACAAUACAAAAUUAUUUUCAGCAAAUGGAAAAAAUCCAUGAAUAACGUUGCUCCAAAGGCUAUCUGGACUGACCAAUGUGAAAGCAUUAAUGUAGGUGUUAGUGUGGUGUUUGAAUACACAGUUCACAGAUAUUGUAUUUGGCACAUAUUCACUAAGUUACCUAUGGGUCUAAAGGUGACAGAUGGUGGAUAUAAAACGGUGAAGAAUGAAUUCAAGAGCAUUGUCCUUGGUAGCAUUACCAUUGAAGAGUUCGAGCAUAGGUAG